CUUUCAAAUCCUUUUUAUUAGAAAAAUAUUUAAAAAUUUGGAAAUUUUAUGUAAAAAAAAUAUUUUUUUGCAAAUUGGAAAUUUAGUGCUUUUUAUCCCCACGAGGGUUCGUUGAGGCUGACCAGUUGCAUUUUGCAUGUAUUGUGAGUUGUGACAUUUUUUUAGUCAUUUCCACAUAAAAUCUCUGCAUUCAAGCGAUAAUAUAGGAUUUGUAAAAUUUCUUACGGUCCUUUUAAGGAAUAAGUUUAUCGACAAUGGAAGCUGAAUCCUUAGAUCUCGAGGACGGAGAAGUUCUUGAUGACGAGCCGGAAGAUGCGUUUGGUACCUAUAAUGUACUUCAGCGACCGCAUGCGAUGCCACCGCGGGAAGAAGUCGGCAAGAUGAAGUACAGUGACGAGUCGGAUGUCUCUUCGGAGUCGGAGAGCGACUCGGACUCGGAUUCUGCCCGGGCGAAAACAAAGAGGCAGAAACUGAAGGUGAAACCAACGCGUGCCGAGAGGGAGAAUUGUCGCUUGAGCAAAAAUGACAAAUUCAAAAUUUGGAACAUGCAAGUUCAAGAGGAAUCGAUAACCGAGGAUCUCGUCUCUUGUGGUGUCACGAGAAAUAACUACAAGGAUCGAACCGUCGAGAGUUAUGAUUUCACAUUAGGUUAUUCGUUUAAAAAGCGUGAAGAAUUGCCGGAAAAUAAUUCUUCCGACGAGGAGAGAGAAACCGAGCCAAGACUGACGAACAAACGAAAUUUCGCCGACAGACGUAAUGUCAAAUUGAGAUUAGGCAAAAGGCGCAACGACGCACCGGCGAACGACGAUGACGAUCACAAAGGUUCAUCUCGUGUCAUGUCAGAUCUCAGCAUUACUCCAGAGUCCAGCGAUGCGGACGUUGCUGCCGAUAUUGCUGCCAAACUCUCCGAACACAAGGACGUUCUCAUCAGAAGAAUUGUGGACAUCUUGGGAAAGGAAAAGGCCAUUGAUUUCUUUCAAAAGACAAAGAAAAUCGAGGAAGAAGGCGGAAUGUUGAUUAUGAAUGGAUCGCGCAGACGAACAGCGGGCGGCGUUUAUCUCUAUCUCGUCAAACAUGACGAUCAUCUACCCCAGGAACAGAUACGGGAGAUAUUCUAUGUCGAUAAGAAGGAAAUCGCAAUUCAGAAAAAGCAGCAAGAUGCGAGCGAGAGGCGACGUCAUACUCAAGAACUAAUGCGGCGACUUGAGAAUGGAUCUGAUAAAGAUUUGCCAGCCCUGUUGACAAGAGCGGAACUCUCGACGAAGCAAAUUGCGGAGGAAGCGAGAUUGAGACGGGGCGAAGGAAUGGAUCGAACGCCUUUGGAUUCCGAGAGAACUGUCUCAAAUCCUCCGCCAAGUCCCGUCACUGAUGAUCCAGAUCAUUCGGAACAUCCAACACCUGGUAGACAGGAAAUCGAUUACGAAGAUAUUCUCGAUAUUGGUGAUGUUGAUAAUAUGGAAGUGUUUUAAAUACUCCUUUUUUUCUUCACUCUUCUUCAAAUUUUUCACUUAUUUAUAAUAAUUUCGUUGUUUUUUAUGUUCUCAAAAUGCAAAAAAUUUGCAAAUUUUCAAUUUCAUAUUUUAACUCAAGAAAAUUUAUGCAAUUUUAUUAAUCAGUUCAUUCCUCAAUUUGUUCAUUAUCUUUUAAGAUCUCUAGAGGCAAUUUAUUUUCUUAUUUGUUGUUUUAUCUUUUUUGUUUUUAAUUGAUUACUGUAAGUUUUUUUUCUUUUUUUAAAAUAGUCUUCAUUCUAGU